UGGAUUGGACGAAUACGGAACAACUAUAUGCCGAAUGCCGAUUGCCGACUACGGACAAAUGAAGAUAAAAGUUAUAAUUCUUAUUCAUCUAAAGGCAUAAUUCUUACUUCUCGCUUAUAUAUUCAUUAAAAUUUGGAAAUUAUAUAUUGUUUUUUUAAUCAAUUAAUAUUAAAUUAAUGUGAUCUACUAUUAAAUAUUAUUUUUGAUAACUGGUUAAGAUUUAUACAAAUAGUUUAACAUCUUUAUGGCUUAAUAUAAGUUAAAAAGUGAAUUUUGAGCUUUAUUCUAUUAUAUACAAAAUUAUAUCAUGUUCAGAAACGUACAAAUAUUUUGCAACGGCUUUAACAAGAAUGUGUUAAUAACAUGCUGUGCGGGACAAGUACGAUGGAGGAGCAACAAACAUUACAAGCCAGAGUUCAAAAAGUUGAGAGCCCAAAAGGUUAUUAAAGUAGAACUACCAAAUUUUAACCAAGAUAGGUUAGAACGUGACAACUUUAGUCCAGAAUACAUACGAUCAAAGUACAAGGAAAAGGGCAUUCAGCCAAUACCCCCAUGGACAGAAAAUUCAACAUUCAUUAACAAUACUGGUGCUAUUAUUGAACCAUAUGUACCUCCAGAGGGAGAUGGCAAAAUAUCGCCUAUAAGCACUGCUGGAGCCAAACAAAAAUUAGAACUUUUAAAAAAGAAAAAGGAUACUUGGCAAGCCAUAAGGAAGAUUCGGCAAAAUGAAGAAGACUUUGAGCUGUAUCCGGAAUUUAUAGCUCUUGCUCAAGACAUUUAUAUCAAAGCUCAUCAAGUAAUGGCCGAUAAAGACAAGAAAAAUUUACUUAAAUACGUCACAGAAAAAGCAUAUGUGGAAAUGGUUAACAAUAUCGAUAGUAAAACUUUGAGGUGGUCAUUUAUAAAAUCCAUUGAACCCGCUCGAGUAGUCCAUGCACGAGUAACAGAUAUUGUAACUCAGGAUAAUUUGUUCGCUCAAUUAACAGUACGAUUUCAUACUCAACAGACUUUAUCUAUUUUUGAUCGUUUUGGAAGACUUAUAUUUGGAAGUGAUGUAAUUGCUAAAGACGUACUGGAAUAUGUAGUCUUUGAAAAGCACAUAGUAAAUCAGUAUGGUGUAUGGAGAAUACACGGUAAAAUUAUUCCUGAUUGGAUGCCUCCUCGAGAACCAGUUAGUGUAACAUAUCCUGUUCUUGGCGAAGCAUCAGUUAUAGCUCCAACCGCACUAGAAGGAAAACCAGACGAAGCAAAUUCUAAAAUAGUACUUCCCGACGCAUAAUAAAAAUAAACAACAUUAAAUGUAUGUUAUACAAUAAAUAAACAGUAUAAAAUAUAAAUAAAGAUUUAGUUUUUUUUUA